CAGAAGGAUCAUCAUCAUCUUCUUUCACAUUCACAUAUAGAGAGGGACACUCAAAUGAGAUUAAUUGAAAGAUAGAAAGGGUUGUGUUUGUGUGUCUCUCUACCUUGGAAAUUAAGUGAAGAAGAAGAAGAAGAAAAGAAGAAGACAGAUCAAAUUAAAAUGAGGUUGAUCAUCAAAUAUCUUAGUUUAUUAGUAGUAGUAGUAGUGGUGGUGGUGAUGGGUGUGGUAAUGGGGAUUGUAGAAGCUGGUGGUGGACUCUCAUAUGACUUUUACAAAGAUUCAUGUCCAGAAGUUGAGAACAUUGUGAAGACUGCAGUUCAACCCAUUUUCCUCACCGAUCCUACAGCUUCCUCAGCCUUCCUCCGCUUCAUUUUCCAUGAUUGCCAAGUUCAGGGUUGUGAUGCAUCGUUACUCCUGGAUUCAGGUGAUCAAAACAUGGGUCCUGAGAUGGAAUCAAUCAGAAAUUUUGGAAUUAAAAAGCGUGAAUCCAUUGGUCACAUAAAGUUUCUUGUGGAAUCUGAGUGUCCUGGUCAGGUCUCUUGUGCAGAUGUUCUUGCUCUAGCUUCCAAGGAAGCAGUUUCCUUCGCAGGAGGUCCUUCAUUUCGGAUUCCUCUUGGGAGAAGGGAUGCCACUUCUUCUAGUAAGGAAAUGGCUGAUGCUCAUCUUCCAGCUCAUUCCAUUAAUGUUGAUGAAUUGCUUAACGUCUUCAUGCCCAAAGGAAUGGACCUUCAGGAGAUAGUUGCAAUCUUGGGAGCACACACACUAGGCGUUGGACACUGCCUAAACAUUGUGGAUAGACUAUAUAACCCGGAGGAAGGGGAAGAGUAUACCGAUUUUUCUCACCAAUUUCUAUUAAGGCUCGCAUGCCCUACAAGAGUCCCUUUCACAAACCUUACAUUUGCACUCAAUGAUCUCACUCCUAUUAUAUUUGACAAUCAGUACUACAGAGAUGUGAUGAAUGGAAAAGGCUUGUUUGGAGUAGAUUCCAAUAUUGGAAUGGACGAAAGAACAAGACCCAUUGUGGAACAGUUUGCAGAAGAUCAGGAUACCUUUUUCCAGGUCUUCUCUUCUGCAUUUGUAAAGCUUUCUACAACUAAUGUUCUUACAGGAGAUAAGGGCCAGAUUAGAAGGCAAUGCAACCGAGUAAACUAGAGCUUCUGUGUUGGUUGACAAAGUGUGGUCUCUCAUCUUCCCUGUUGUGUGGUAUUUCUUUAAAUUAGUUAACUAGAUGGUGUAUUGAGAUAGAGAACCUGUUUGAAGAAAUGGUUUUUCUUUUUUGUCAAACAGAUAAGACUAUUAUUUGGUAGUCUUUGCUAGCUCGACUAAUGGCUAUGCCUACGGUAGAGUUUUAAGAUUAUUAUUUUUUCUUUAUCGUCUAGGUAAUGCCCUGACGUUAAUUUUGUACAUCACUUUUGCUAUUAAUAUACUUUAUUUAUAAACCUUUAGCCAAAAAA